AUGGGGAUCCUGCCCAGCCGGGAGAAGCCGCUCAGCGCCGCACCGUUGGCCGCCGUCCCCGCGCCGUCCCCAUUUCCCACACAGGCAGCCCCGGGCGGAUUCCAGGCGCUCGCCCUGUGUGAUUUCCCCUCCGGGACGGGCGCGACCGCUGUGCUGAGAAUGGGUGAGCAGCUCCGCGUCCUCUCUGAGGAUGGGGAGUGGUGGCUGGUGGCAUCCCAGGUGUCCGGCAAGGAGUGCCUCAUCCCCAGCAGCUGCGUGGCCAAAGUGCGGCACAGGUGGCUGUACGAGGGCGUGAGUCGGGAGAAAGCGGAGGAGCUGCUGCUGCUGCCGGGCAACCACAGCGGAGCCUUCCUGAUCCGUGAGAGCCAGACCCGGAGAGGCGGUUUCUCACUGUCGGUGCGGCGCACUGAGCUCGCCUCAUGGGAUGCAGUCACACAUUACCGCAUCCACUGCCUGGAGAACGGCUGGCUCUACAUCUCGCCCCGCCUCACCUUCCCCAGCCUGCAUGACCUCGUAGACCACUACAGCGAGUGCGGGGAGGGUCUGUGCUGCACCCUCAGGGAGCCCUGUGUCACGGAGACGGCAAAGGCAGUGCCUGCUCUGGUCCGGCCUGCCGUGGUGAAGAAGCCAACGCUCAACUGGGACAAGAUUGACAGCUCCGUCCUGCUCUCAGAGGCUGUGCCACCUCCGGGGGAGGGAGAGGAGGACUCCCCCAUCAGCCUGGGCCUGCGGGAAGCCAUCAGCUCCUACCUGCUGCUGACCGAUGGUGUGGAUACAGAGACUGGCCCUGUGAGGAAGGGGGCGAAGACCAGCUGAGGGCGCAGCCGCCACAGCCCCGGGAUGGGCACCCAUGCCUGCCCCACCGUGGGCUGCUGGGCCCUGAGCAGCACUCAGAGGGCACUGCAGAGGCUGCAGCCCUGCAGUGAGGGCACACGGCUGGCGGUAGCCACGCUGACAGUGGUGCAGCUUCUGCAGGAGCUGGGACAGAGCCCAGGGCUGGGGCUGAGCCCAUGCAGAGGCACGGCCCCACAAGCUCCAGGCCCCACAGCACACGUGGGGCUCCAUGCAGCACAGAACCUGGGCCCCCAGAGCCCCACAGACACGUUUAAAGCUUUACCUCACCCAUUAAACAGGAUCACGCAGGGCACACAGCAGCACCUGUUUGCAAUCUCUUAAUUAAGGGUUACAGGGGGGUAAAUUCAGCACCACCGCACUGAGGCACACAGAGCAGCCCUGCAGCUCGGGCAGCCUUUGCUUUGACCACGUGCUUUGACCACGUGGGAGCAGGGACAGCGCGGCAGUGCCACACCAAACCCAGCAGUGCUGUAAAGACAUCAGAGCAGUGCCACGGCUGACAGCAGCCCCCCAUUGCACACAGCAGUGACACAGGGCCUGGAAACCUCUGCUCUACCCUUUCAGAGCUCACAGAGGCUGCUGUGGCAGCACCCGACCCACUUCCUGCCCCUGCCACGCUCCGCUCUCCCCAUUUUCAUGUCUCACUGCCGGGCUCAUGCAGCCCCUGCGCACUCUCGGUUCCCCAGGUGCAGCCCAGGCAGGGGUUUCCUCAGGCCCUGCUCAGCUCCACCCCCUUUGCCCCCUUCUGCUCCCAUCACCCAGAUCUCAUCUCCCCUGUCCCCCUGGAUUUUAAAUACACGAAAGGAAUGCUGCAGGCCGAGGAGCCGUCGCUGCACAGCUCAUCAUCCACACAGCAGCAGCAGGCUUCCCAGACGCCGUUUGAGUGGUUUUGACCACAGACACAAAGAAAACCAGUUAUUUUAUUGAGUCGUUAAUUGAAACAAAGACAUUGCUAAGACUUAACCAACAAAAACCUAUUUAUUUAUUCCAAACACCAAGAUACAGAAGUUUUCAAGUUUUGCAAAUAUUGCUCCAAAGCAAAAUCCUAUAUACAGCGCCCUCAGUUCUAAUAGUGCAUCAACAAAGACAAAUACAUAUCCACAGUGCAAUGUUUGCUCAUUUCAUCAAGGCUCCACGUUGCAUUCACUUACCAGUGAUUUAAAGAACACAAAGGUGACCUGCCAGACCCCACAGCCAGCCCAGGCUACGAAAUAACGAUGCGGAAACUUACAGAAACAGGGACAAAAUGAAUCCAAAGCACAAUAAAGAACCUUUCCUGAACAUGAGAAACGCUAGUCUAGUUUAAAUAAAUACUUCCAG